UGACCGAAUCAGGGAGCCGGAAUAUCGACAUCGUAUGUUUGUUCGCUGACAUUACGUUAGAAGACGGAGAAAUGUAUAAAAGAUUUUGCCAUGAGCAGUUUAGCAUCAGUCGCUCAUCAGCCACCGACGUACACCAAAUUCAAAAUGAAAAUUAUCUUUGUCGCCCUUGCCCUAGUGGCCGUCGCCGUCGCCGCUCCCGCCGCUCCCUCCAAUACAGCGGAACCCGUGAAAAUCCUGAGGAGCGAAUUUGACCAACAGCCAGAGGGUGCUUACGUAUUCAGUUUUGAAACUGAAAAUGGAAUUACCCAAAACGAAAAUGGUGAAUUGAAACAAGUCGUCGACGAGGAGAACAAGCCUCACACGGUGGUGGUAGUCCGGGGCUCCUACUCCUACGUGAACCCCGAGGGCAAGUCAGAGACCAUCAACUAUGUCGCGGACGAGACCGGAUUCCACGCUGAAGGUGACUCCAUCCCUAAACCCGCUAGAAAGUGAACACCCCACUCCGAUCGACUAUCGAAUAAACCCUAAGCAAUCUUAUUGUUUAUUCGAUUAGACGAUUGAUAAGUCACUAGAAUUAAGGAUUAAUCUUGUUUCAACCUUAGAGCAUGCCACUGGCCGUUUUUGCUCGUUACAAGAUUUCACACUGCCAUAUUUUUGUACUUUUAUGUUAUUUUUGUUACGUUUUUAUACAUGAAUGUGGAAUUGUAAAUAAAGAUUUCAAAUGAUA